AUGACACACAAUUCCGAGGGCACAUUAGACACUCGAAGUUUAGACUCCAGGAGUUCGUCCAGUAGCGGGUUACCUGCCGACCCAGACUUUGACUCCCCUGGAGGAAGAUAUUCACUUAGCGGGCCUUUGUUUUCUAAAUCUCCUCGUGCACCAACAAACUGGCGACGGGGUAGAUUACUAGGCUCUGGUGCCUUUGGCGAAGUGUUCCUCUGCUGUGACGCUGAUUCUUCUAUUGAGCUAGCAGUCAAGCAGGUGCAAUUAGGAAGUAUGAAUGCUGAAGUUUCCAAGGAAGUCAGGGCCUUAGAAAAUGAGCUUCAGCUUCUGCGUAACUUCCAGCAUGAGAGAAUUGUUCAGUACUAUGGGUGUCAGCAGGAGAGCAGUGUCUUAUCAAUUUUCAUGGAGUACAUGCCAGGGGGCUCUGUUCUGGACCACAUGAAACAGUAUGGAGCCCUUACAGAAAAUGUGACUCGUAAAUACACAAGACAGGUUCUACAGGGUCUUGCAUUCCUGCAUAAGAAUGUGAUUGUUCACAGGGAUAUUAAAGCUGCAAAUAUUCUGAGGGAUACUUUGGGAAAUGUAAAACUAGGAGAUUUUGGAGCAUCCAAGCGACUGCAGAACAUUACCAGCGCAACAGGCCUUAAGACAGCAAUUGGGACACCUCAUUGGAUGGCUCCAGAAGUUAUAAAUGGAGAGGGUUAUGGCCGCAAAGCUGAUGUCUGGAGCCUGGGCUGCACUGUUGUGGAAAUGCUUACUCAGAAACCUCCAUUUCCUGAAUACGAAUCGUUUGCUGCAAUGUUUCAAAUUGUGACUUCCAAACACCCAAAGUAUGAACUCCCGCCGAAUUCCUCAAUAGCACUAAAGGACUUUCUCCUGCACACUUUUAAACGAACCGGCCAGGAUAGACCGUCUGCUGAAGCUUUACUAGAUCAUCGAUUUGUGCGAGAAUUAACUUCUUAA